AUGUCUGCUGAAAAACCCAUGGAGAGAACGUGCCAGAGGACGUGCACGGACUCUAAUCGGUCGGUUCAGACUCCUGCACCUGUCUCACCCACUCCUGGACUCAGUGGGGUAGAGCACCCAGGGGACGGCCUGGGCCAGCUGGCCUUUCAGGGCCAACCAGUGGUGGGCAUGACGCCCCCUGGCCUCUCCUCUCUCCUGAGCCCUGACGAUGCUGUCCCCCGUGGACGAUACCAGCCGACGGCCUUUCACAACGUAAAUCAGCAACAAGCGCCAGAGCGUCCAUAUGAGGUGGUUCAGCGGCAAAUUGAGCAGAUCCACGAGGUCCUGCAGGAGCAGAGUCGACUGCUGACGCUACUAGGGACAGAUCAGAUGUUUCCUGCCUUUGUACCGUUGCGGUGGAUCAGCUUGCAGCCCGUACUGAUCUCUGAGAAGUUUCCAGUUUUCCCAGUGUCACCUCCUCCAUGGCCUGAGGAUCACCCCGUCUCCACAUGUCACAGCCAGGAUGCAUUUAGAUCCAAAGAAGAGACAGCAGACCAGAGACACUUGCCUACCACCACAGAGGCCGAUCAGACUGUAGACAGAGACCAGGACCCAGUCGGCCCCUCUGCUAACCCUGCAGACAGGGAGUGUGUGGAGAAGCAGCUGAAAGUGCAUGAAGUCUCUGAGCCAAAGCAGCUGCAGAACCUUAGUGGGAUGGUGAGGUUGACAGAGAGGCGCUACUUCUUGCGGGAGGGUGAGGGCGAUUCCAAGAUGUACAGAAAUAAUCUGAAGGUCACCGAUCAGCAGGAGGCCCAGAGGAGUGCUUCCCUCGGCCGGCAGCAGCUCGGCGGGAAGUUAACCUCUGGCAUCCACAGUCGCUCCCCUUCCCCGUCCGCUAUCUUUAAAGACGAAGCGUCGCAGCUUGAAACCUUCCAGUCUUUGACCUUUCAGCCGGAUCAUGGCCGAGAGUUUGGGACUCCACGAGACUUUUGCCAGACCGCCGAGUGCAGCCAGAGGAGGACCCCGACAGAGAUCCAUGCUCCGGUUCAGGUCUGCAGCCGAGAACAAACCUACUGCAACACUCCCCUCGUGCCCCAACCUGAAACUCCACCUGUCCAACUAAAACGUAUCCCUCAUAUUCCUGCAACAACAGGCACAGAGGAUAAACGUGGCCAAUCACAAGAGAGAAAGUCCAAAGAGAACUCCUGUGUCAAAGAAAAAGAUGACAGCGAUGAAGAGACAGAAUGCAGAAUUAAUCAAUCACUCUCUGAGCAGACACUCUCUGUUCGCAAGCCUUUCAGGGAGAAAAGGGUGAAGCGCCAAGAAAUGGAAAACGUGGGUGAGACCGCAGGACUGAUUGUUGAUGAGGACGAGGUGAAAAGUCAGUUUGAAUUCACGGCUCCUCAUAGAAAAACGGCUGCGCGCGCAGGUGUUGCCACCUCAGAGGAUCUAUGGGAACAAUCCCUGCAGCAGAACAACACACACGCGUGGACACCCGAACAUCCCAGCGCUGCGUAUGAAUCAAACUCAGUGCACCAUUUCAACAUCCGCCCCCCUAUGAAGGACAACAGGGUUUCCCCUCGGGCCUGGAGAAAUCAGGAAGUUAUUGUUAGUUUUAAGAUCAUGGACGACCACAUGGAGAGAGUCUCAAGCUUUAACAUGGAAACUCUAUCAACAUGCUGCGAUGAAAAGAAAACACACUCUCAUCUUUGCCAGUGCAGCAAUUCGAGAGCGGGAAGCAGCACGGGCUCAAACUGGGUUAAAGGUCAAAAGCAAGCUGCUACAACAACAGCGGAAUUCUGUCUUGACACAUGUCAAGUCCCAACACCUCUGAGAAGCAGCACAUUUCCCACACAUUCCACCACAAGAAGCAUUACUGGUGGUGAUGGUAGUGGCGGGGAUGAUGAAAAUAACCCACAAUCCCAGUGUCACCAGUUUCCCAAGCUCCCAUUCCCUCCACCCUGCCUCGGCCUCCAGGAAUCCCAUUUAUAUCUACCGGAGGCUGAUUAUGGCAACGAGUCUGAGAAGGAACAAAUGUUCCCGAAGAUCCAGAAACAGGAUCAGCAAAAAUCCUCCUCCUCCAGCUCCAACAGAGAUGAUAAAACUCAGGGGGAUUCUAAUGGGCUCAGAGAAUGUUGAAGAUACACUCACCGAAACCAAGAAGGAAACCUGACGGUCCAGACGUAACGAAAAGGGCACGAACAUCGAGGGGAUU